AUGCCGUUUACAGUAUUGCCACUUUCAAGUCACAAAAUAACGCCGUCUCCACCAGACGACGAUGGGAAAUGUGAACUAAUAGGUACAUUUUCACUCCUAACUCAAGCAUUUCUUGGAUUUAUUUGUCUAUCGAGCUUGAUAAUCAAAAGAUUUUAUGAGCAUCCUAUACGACGAACGUGGCCUGUGUGGAGUUUUGAUGUGAGUAAGCAAUUAAUCGGGGCAUUGGGUGUGCAUGUGUUCAACGUUAUCUUAUCAGUGAUCAAAACUGCUCCUGGGUUCAUGGUGUUGGUGCUAAAGUACAGUAGCGGUGGCGGAAAUGGAAACGGAAACGGAAACGGAAACGGAAACGGAGGGGAUGAGAUAGAUGACCCAGAUAAAGAUGACCCUUGUGAUUGGUAUUUCUUAAACAUUGUGUUUGAUUGCACUAUCGGAGUGUAUAUCCUCUAUUUGGUGUUUAAAGGAGUAAAUUACAUUUGCAAACGAAUACUCCAUAUAACUCAGAUAGAAAGCGGUGAGUACGGCGAUGCAAACAAUCCGAGUUGGAAGGCAUUUAGUAAACAAUUGGCAAUUUACUUCACUAGUUUAAUGAUUACCAAAUUGAUCUUGUAUGGAUUAGUGGAGAUUUUUGAACGUGAAUUACUUUGGAUUACAUCGCAUAUAUUACUAGGUUGGCUAAAUGAGUAUCCCGAUGAAGUGGAAAUUUUCAUUGUUAUGUUUAUCAUCCCCAUAUUCAUGAAUUGUUUACAAUUAAUUCUUGUUGAUAAUUUUAUUCGAAAUCAAGUUUGGUUUGAAAGUAACAAAUUGAUCAAAUUUAAGUUUCCUAAUUUCGACGAAGAGACUGCUAGUACUAGGCAGCGUGAAAUCGAUGAGGUAUUGAAUGAAGAACGGGAACGGGAGGAACGCCGAUGGGGUGGCGAUUAUCACGGAACUGGGAAUGUAAAUGGGAGACACAAGAGUUAUGGAUCUACUGCAACAAACGAGUGA